AUGCCCGCCCAGAAGCGCCCGCUCCCGUCGCCCACCCCCGAUGAUUCCGCCUGGGCGCCUCGCGUCGCAGUGCGGCACACCGCCGCCAGCGGUGAUGGAGGCAGGGGCGGAACCUCACAUGAGAUGGAUGGGGAGGCCUCCGCGCGUCAGGAGAGCCCGCCGCAUCGCCAUCGGGGGCCUCGCGACGGUGGUGAGAUGAACGCCGCCGCCCCGCGGCGCCUCUGUCUCUCGGCUCACACGUCGUCUUCGAUGCCCUGGGUCGUGGAUGUGCCUGAGAGGUUUCGUUUGUGUUUGGGCGGUUUCGCAGAUCCCGACGACAAGGAGGUGGGUGGCUGCGGCGGAGGAGACGGAACCGACACCAACGGCGAAUCGUCCCUGUCCCCGAGCGCCGGAAGCAUGGACGAGUAA